AUGGACUCAGUCCUAUCAAAUUCUCAGGGAGCUCGCUCCCGAUCUCAGAUCCCAUCGGAUCAAAUCACUUCGGAUGUCAGCAGUGCCAAAACUGCAGACACAUCGAAAAACCCGAUCACCUCGCCAACUGGCAGCAGCCAAACUGCUAGUAGAUCGAGCGUCCUGAUCGAUCCGGUUAUCACCUCCGCGGCAGCGAACUCGAAUGUUCUAGCCCGCGUGAAACCAUCGGUGAUCAACCUCGUCACUCCUGUGAUAGCCGAGAACUCGAUUCUACCGAAUCAGAUCUCGCACGCAAUUGAGAAACCUCAUUUGCGGAUUCGGGUCAAAUCUAAAGAUUUCCCGAUUACCUCGACACCGAUCAGUCGGAAAACUCCGACUCAAACUGUGUCAAUGUCUCUUGCUGAGCUAAAGACGAUCAUAAGUCCUCCUCCGGGAACUCAGCUUGACUCUUCACCAAUCUACGAACCUAACAGCUCGUUGAAACGGGAUGAGGCACCACCGCGUGCUCCUGUCAUCCAGACUCUCAUCCCACCGAUGACCUCGUUAAAGAGCUCGUCGAAACGGGAUGAGGCACCACUGCGUGCUCUUGUCAUCCAGACUCUCAUCCCACCGAUGACCUUGUUAAACAGCUCGUCGAAACGGGAUGAGGCGCCGGACCAGCUAAAAAUUGAAGUUUCUGAAGCCGAUCUCUGGACGCUUUCUCAAGCUCCAAACGAAUCACAUCGAUCUUACGUCAACAGAUUCAAAGCAAUCAUCGCUAAGAUCGAAAACCCUAACGAGGCAGUAGCUCUACUGGCCUUCCGAAACAACCUGUGGUACAAAUCGAAAUUCAGAGAAGAACUAAUCGUUCGACCUCCUGUAUCACUCGAUGAUGCACUUCGCUGCGCGUUAACCUUUGCUACUUUCGAAGAGGAGAUUACUCUCCUCCUAGAAAAAUAUCGCAAAGGAAAACUACCACAACAUUCUAUCUCCGUUGCGAGCUCAGUUCUGAAAUCGAACUCGAGCUCCGAAGUCGAUAAAUUCUACAAAAUACACAAAAAGCACGACCAUUCCACCGAAGAAUGUCGAUCUUAUGUUAAAAAGCAGAAAAGAAAGGCCAGGUUAGCUAUACGCAACAAGACCUCAUCCAACGAUAACGACAAAGCAUCCCAAAAACGGGAACGCAAGGUCGGAAUCAACCACCAAGAGUCACCUCUUUCUAAAAAGAAACGAUCUGACUCGACCCAACACCUAGAGAGCUCAGCUCACGCAGCAGAUCAAUGA